AUGGAGAAAAUUAUACCUUUGGCCGAGGUGGAGAAGCACGUAAAGGAGGAUGAUCUAUGGCUAAUUAUAAACAAAAGGGUCUACGACGUUACGAAGUUUGUUGAUCAGCACCCGGGCGGCGUUGACACGCUCAUCGGUGUGGCUGGCAAAGACGGGACGAACGACUUCAACUCCGUUGGCCACAGCGACAGCGCAAAGAUGGAUCUGGAGAAGUACUACAUUGGUGAUUUGAGCCCCGACGACGCCGACAAGCUCCAGCCCCCCCUGCACGGUUCCUCAAGCAACGCAACAACUCUCGCUAUUGUGGUGGCAUUCGUCGCCAUCUGUUUGUACCUCAUUUUCUUCCCCUGA